ACAUACAACCAUAUUGGGAAAUUUUGGGGGUCAUUUUCUUUCCCUCUAACUAAAACCAAAACGCCCCUUAAUCUAGGGUUCCAUCACACUCCCCAAAAUUCCUCCACCUCUAUCUCUUUCUCCGAUCACCGGUGAAUGUUUCAAUGUCGGAAAUUGCAAGAGGAGCACCGGAAACGGCUAAUUCGCCGAUGAUCAAGCCCAUAAACAAGCACGUAGUCCACAAAAUUUGCGCGGGGCAAGUAAUUUUGGACCUUUCCUCUGCCAUCAAAGAGCUUGUUGAGAAUAGCUUGGAUGCCGGCGCUACGAGUAUCGAAAUCGCUCUCAAGGAUUACGGAGAAGAGUGGUUCCAAGUCAUCGAUAAUGGUUGCGGCAUUUCCCCAAAUAAUUUCAAGGUUCUUGCUCUUAAGCAUCAUACUUCGAAAUUGGCAGAAUUUCCUGACCUUCAGUCUCUCACCACAUUUGGCUUCAGAGGAGAGGCAUUGAGUUCCCUUUGUGCACUUGGGAGUUUGACAGUGGAAACUAGGACAAAAAACGAGUUAGUUGCUACACUCUUGACAUUUGACAACACUGGCCAAUUAGUAGCUGAACAUAAGACUGCACGAAAAGUUGGUACUUCAGUAACUGUCAAGAAAUUGUUCUCAAAUUUACCUGUGCGUAGCAAGGAGUUCAGUCGUAAUAUUCGUAAGGAGUAUGGGAAACUUAUAUCUUUGUUGAAUGCCUAUGCAAUCAUUGCAAAAGGAGUUCGAUUUGUCUGCACCAAUAUGUCGGGGAAAAAUGCAAGAUCCGUGGUCCUUAAAACCCAAGGAAGUGGAUCACUUAAAGAUAACAUCAUAACACUGUUUGGCUUGACUACAUUUACUUGUUUGGAGCCUCUCAGUAUCCCUAUGUCAGAUAACUGCAGAGUUGAGGGUUUUGUCUCUAAAUCAGGUUAUGGCAGUGGACGAAAUAUGGGUGACAGGCAGUUCUUUUAUGUAAAUGGCCGGCCUGUUGAUAUGCCAAAAGUAAGUAAACUUGUGAAUGAGUUAUAUAGAGGUGCUAACUCACGACAGUAUCCCAUCGCGAUUCUGGACUUCAUUGUUCCGGUUAUGGCUUAUGAUGUAAAUGUGACACCAGAUAAGAGGAAGAUCUUUUUUUCGGAUGAACGCUCUAUUCUACAGUAUCUGAGAGAAGCUUUGGGGAUGAUUUAUUCAGCCAGUUCUGUCACUUAUAGUGUUAUGAAUAUAGAUGUACCCGAUGAAAAAGAUGAUCACUCAUCUCCACGCCCUGUGGGAUUACAGCUGGCCUCUGAACAGUAUAAGCCAUCUCCUAAAAGGGCUCAAGCUGAGAAAGUAUGUGAUGAGAAGCAAGCUAAUAGAGAUAACAGGAUGUCAGAUUCUAUUGGAAAGGACAACCAUCUUUCAUCUUUUGGUCUCCAAAAUGAUGCUCAAAAGUCACGGGACAGGGAUUUUGGUCUCAGGGUCCACAGUAUAAAGAAGGCUUACAGUAAUUCACUGGGCCAUGACAACAAAAUAACAAGUAUUGAUUUUGAUCAACAAUGCCUUAAAGGGGAUGAAAGGGAUGUUGCAAGGAACAGUAAUUUGACUAAUAAGUCAGCCUCUGUUCAAUCCUCACUUACCAAGUUUGUUACUAUGCAAAAGCGGAAGUAUGAAAACAUAUCUAUACCCUUAUCUGAAGCCCCUAUCUUAAGAAAUGAACCACUUCAACGUAAUAAGGAAAGCAAUGAUUUGGAAUUGCAUUCUGCUUCUGCAAGCUCACCCACUAAGGUUCAUGAUUCUGCUAGGCUUUAUGAGCAUCAAACAUCCAAAAAUUCUAACACUGCAACAGAUUUGUGUCAAUCAAGCAGCCCUCUUCUGAAUGACGGUGAUGAAUGCAUGGAAGUGUCAAGAGAGGACAUUAGGCUUCAAGAGGAAGGGGUGCCUCCCGAAGAAGUCACCAUACCAAGUGGUUCAAGGGGAGAAAUAUCUGAAAGUGAACUAGAAGAGGAAUCACUUGGAACCCAGCCAUUACAAGGUACCCCCCAUCCUUCGUCCGCUCCAAAGGCCUCCUCUACUUUGCAAUUUGGUAUAAGGGAUCUCAUGAAAAGGAGGAAGCAAAAGUUAUCAAUAUCGCGUUCGAGCGUUGAUGAUAGUACUAGGAUCACAACAAAAAGGUGCUAUGCUGCUGCGACACUAGAGCUUUCGCAAAUGGACAAUGAAGAGUGGAAAGCUAGGGCUCUUGCUGCUGCAACCACAGAACUGGAAAGGCUUUUCAGGAAAAGAGACUUCAGCAGGAUGAAGGUGAUUGGGCAAUUCAAUCUGGGCUUUAUUAUUGGAAAGCUGGAUGAAGACUUGUUUAUUGUGGAUCAGCAUGCAGCUGAUGAGAAAUAUAACUUUGAGCGCCUCUCAGAAUCAACAGUCAUGAACCAGCAGCCUUUACUGCGGCCAAUCAGCUUGGAAUUGUCUCCAGAGGAGGAAAUAGUUGCCUCAAUGCAUAUGGAUAUGAUUAGGAAAAAUGGUUUUAUCUUGGAAGAGGAUCUAGAUGCAUCACCAGGCAACCGAUUUAAGUUAAAGUCUGUCCCGUUCAGUAAAAAUGUAACCUUUGGAGCUGAAGAUGUAAAAGAGCUCAUUUCUACUCUUUCGGAUGGUCAAGGAGAAUGCUCAAUUAUGAGUACGUAUAGGAUGGAUACCGCUGACUCAAUUUGCCCCUCCAGAGUACGCGCAAUGCUAGCAUCUCGUGCCUGCAGGUCGUCCAUUAUGAUUGGUGAUGCACUUGGAAGGAAUGAAAUGCAGAAGAUCCUUGAGCACUUGGCUGAACUGAAGUCUCCAUGGAACUGCCCGCAUGGAAGACCAACCAUGCGCCACUUGGUCAAUUUGUCUGUAAUCCGCGAGAGAGAAAUUUCAGAGAUUACUAGUUUAUGAUGGACGUAAGUGGUCGCGUUAUUACCCCGCCAAUGUGAUGCAACUUUGUAAUUUAGUUACUCUGUACAGUUUUGUAAUGAAUAUAGGUCUUGAAUCCAACUGAAUUGAUUAUUCGACCAAUAUUGUUAUGAAAAAGUGUCAGAUGUGAUGGAGUUAUGCGAA